AUCCAUCCAUUCCGUUCCAUCUGAAGGCGAGAGUUAUCUCGUGCCUGCCCCGCUGUUCUCCUCUCCCGCCGCAUCCGAUAGUUCAGCGCAACAAAACCUCCCUCUCCGCGCACGCUCCCCACCCCCACCGGUGACCGCGCGCGCAUGGCUGCCUUACUUCGGACGGCCGCGGCCCUCGCGCCCCCGCCCUCGUCUCCCCCGUCCGCACGGGAGCCGCGUGGGCGGUGCCUGCGGCUGGCCUGCUCCCGGCGCGCGCCGGUCCGACCGCUCCGGGCGUGGCCGCUGCCGACUCCGCACGUCUUCUGUCUCGCCGGGGGGCGGCUCCGGCGCCUGGGCGCCACCGAGGCCGACGAGGCCGCGCAGACGGCGACGCAGGAGGAUUUAGAAACCGAAGUUACUGGAGACUCUGCUGCAGAUGACAGUGCUGGAAGCACAGAUGAAACUCCAUCUAUUAUUGUGACAACCCUGCAGUCGUACAGAGAAGCUCUUAUUAAUGAUGAUGAAGCAAAAGCUGCUGAGAUAGAGUCCUUUUUACUUUCUAUCGAGGAUGAGAAAAACUCUCUUUUGAACAAAAUCACUGCUCUAGAUGCCGAACUAGCAACUCAACGAGAACGUAUCUUGAGGAUCAGUGCUGAUUUUGACAAUUUCAGGAAAAGGACAGAAAAUGAGAAGCUUAACAUGAUGGAAAAUGUGCAAGGGGAACUUAUAGAGAGCUUUUUGCCUGUUCUCGACAACUUUGAAAGAGCGAAAGUGCAAAUAAAGGUGGAAACAGAGGGAGAGGAGAAAAUAAAUAAUAGCUACCAGAGCAUUUAUAAGCAAUUCAUCGAGAUUUUGAAUUCAUUGGGCGUUGAAGAUGUUGAAACGGUCGGCAAACCAUUUGAUCCCAUGCUUCAUGAGGCUAUUAUGAGAGAAGAAUCAUCAGAGUUUGAAGAGGGGAUUAUUCUCCAGGAAUUCCGAAAAGGUUUCAAACUCGGGGAAAGACUGCUUCGCCCAGCAAUGGUCAAAGUGUCUGCAGGACCAGGCCCUGAAAAGUUUGGAGAUGAUGACCCAACAGCUGUCGAAGGUAGUGUGGCACCUCAAAAGGUUGACGAAGUCGAAGACGACGGUUUUGGUGCCGGCGAUGCAGAAUAGGUGGCUGGAGCUUGAUCUGUGAAUCAACAAGAACAGGUCCAGAAAUUUUGAUGCUUUUCUGGAGCGUGCCAAGCAGGAAAUAGGAUGGUACCAAUUCGUUCAAGCUAUAGAGUUAGGUCCCAAAAUGUGCUGUUAUUUCCUCCUGCUGACAUGGGGUGUUGGUAUUGCGACAAAUUUGUGCUUCUAUCCGCCGUGGUCGACCUUUUGUUCUUGCAAUGAGGAAUUUUCGUGAUCAAUUGAUGCAACAUGAUAUUGUAAGGGC